UAUAUACAUUAUAUCAUUUCAGUGCUAAAGGUUUGGCAGUCACUGAUGUAUAAUAUUCUCUAUCAUAGAUCAGUGGUUGCAGUACCAGUACUCGGCCACUUGCGCUGUAUCAUAGCAACGCUAUUGUAAACAGUACUCUCUUAUUCAUCUCGCAUGUGGUAUAUUUCUUGGAGUAGUGCUUAUUAACGCAGCUGAAAAUGCAGCAAGCCGAACCUUUAGCAGGGGAAGAGGCAGACGAAUCUGGACCAUCUGUCGAGUCGAAAAACCCAGAGGAGAGAAUCACCGCCCGUCGCCUCCGCAUAGCCGCCCGAAAUGAGGCCAAAACACGUGAAGAGCUCGGCGAAGAUUCCCAGCAAAAGGAGGAUGUUAAAGAAGAGAUACGGAAAAGUCAGAAGGAAGUGGAGAAAUGUAAAAGGCACAUGACAAAAUUACAAAGCGAUGGUCUGGAGUUGGUGACCAACGUUCAGGUUGCUGUAGAUGCCAGAGAGUCUGACAGAAGAACAGAGCUAGAGGAGGCAUGUCGACUGAGGAGAGAUAAGCUAGAAAACGAGGCCAAGUCCAGCCAGGAAAAGUUUGAGGAGAUCACUCGCAAAUGGACUGAUGCUAAAAUGAAACAGACCCCACUGGAUCUAAGAGAUGCUCUGAACAGCCAGCAACAGCUCUGUGAACAGAUUGUAGCAGACAAGAAUAAACUAAUCAGUGAACUACAGCAGGAGCUGAAGGCAAGUGAUGAUCGGUAUGUGAAGGACCUGAAAAAACAGGCUAAAGACAUAGACCUGCUGAUUGAGAGGAUGGAAGAGCAGAUCUCAAGUUUGCAAAAGUCAUACAGGGAGAACCUGAAGCAGAUUGAGAACGCGUAUGAUGAGGAGAGGAGAACAAUGCUGACCAAACACAGGAAGAAAUGGGAACAUCAGAUGAAGGAACGAAGCGAGAAAGAGCUAAAGGACAUGCUGCAGGGUUUAAGCCUCCUGGAGGAACAUGAGGACUUGCUGCAGAAGCUGAGGGUGCAGAAAGCUGAAGAAUUCAACAUAGACAAAAUCAAAAUGGAUACAGAAGUACAGAAUUUAAGAAAAAAGUUACAAGAGGUGAAGUUCAACUGCCAUCUGAAUGAAGAAAAACUUGAUUACAAAUAUGAAGUGCUGAAGAAAAGAGAGGAAGAGAACGCCAUUUUAAAAUCCCAACUGAAGAGGAAAAUUAUAAGAAUGCAAGAUGUUCUCAACAACCUAAAGUCUAAAUGCACCAAUCAGGAGAAGCAGUCGAAAGCAGAGGAACAGUCUCUGAGAAAUGACUGUGCACGCAUCAAACAACAGUACAAAGAUAUGCAGAAGAAAGCAAGACACUUUGCAGCACUGGAUGCCGAGCGUUUUGAGAAGAUAUGGUUGAUAAGUGAAGGUGAAUUAAAGGCCCUGGCACACAGGUCGCUGGAGACGGACAGAAUUAUUCACGAGCAGCGGCUGGGUCUGGCUUGGGUGUCUCCUCCACUCCCCUUCAUGGAGCGCUCCGGUCCGAUCGAACAUAAGACCCUCAGUACUGACUCACGGGCACCUGCAGACACUCUGCAUGAGAAAACAGGAGAAGAUUCGUUGGAGGAAUCUGAGAGUCUGGAGGACUUUGGUAAUGGAGUGAACAGGAGAACAGUGAAGAGAAUUCUGGAGCUACUGUGUGAUGAAUUGGGUUUUCUUGUAGAGAGUAAACUGCUAAAGCUGGUGUCUCACCUGGAGAAGAAUGAACAGUCCCUCAUAAAGCUAGAUUGCAUUUUCACAGCAAUAGGGAUUGAGAGUGAGAAGGGUGUGCAUAAAAUGGCUGAGUUCUUAAUGAAUUACAGAGAGCAUGGCAGAGAGCAGAGGGAACUGGUAGAGGAACAGGAGAUAACCAACAACCAACCCUCUGACUUUAUCCAUCCUAAUGAUCUACUAGUGGCUCUGAAAGAUUUUACCGCCCAAUACUGCAGACCCGACGAUCUUGGGGCCUCGGGGAAGAGCAGUAUUUUGGGUUUGGAUAAGAGAGAUGACUCUGAAGAUACAGCAUACUGGGAAAGUAUAGCUAAUGUCAUCCCAGAGUCCAAACUCAGGCUCUGGAGUGCUCUAGAUACAGCUCUCAACAAGUACCAUACUGUACUGACUGAAAGGACUGAGCUUCUGGCGGAAACACAAAAUGUUCAACAACAGAAUACUGAGCUCAGACAGCUGCUGCAGCUUUAUACAUCCUCCAAAGCCAGUGCUGAGCCGGAGAUGCAGCCCACCAGGAUGAGGCAGUUCAACAUGUGACGUACUUUAGAAAAAUAAAACAAUGAACAAAUCUGUAUAUGCAAUCUAAAUUAUGAGGAACAUGCAUUUCAACACUGUAAUUGAAAAUUUCAACUUAAUUUGAAUUAUGGGUAUCGAAAUAAACC